UCAUUCGAUUCAUGAAACAUCAGACAUACCAGGCCUGAUACGAAGGUCACGCGGUGUUUUCUCGCUCUUUUUUGCCGUCUCACUUUCUCUCCAGCGAUUCAGUAUUCCCCGCCAGGUUAUUGUACCACUAUAAACACGUGUUAUAUCUCUCCGAAGAACAGCCGACGAUACCCGAGUUCAGUUUGCUCACGACCGCCACUAAAGUUGCGUCACUCCACGUAAUUGUAUUCGGUUAUUUCAUAAAUUAGCUCGCUUUCGAUUAAUAAUUAAAGUUCAAUUAAUCGUUUUAAAAAUAAUCGGAUUACUGAAAAAUAAUUUCAUAUGCUACCAUAAUAAAAAGAGGUUAUUAUGCGUGCGUAAUAACUGCGCAUCGAGUCUACGCAUUAAUUAAUCCUUUGAAGCUCCAUUUUACGCAAUUGGACGGACCAUUUUGUUUUAACUAAAAAUGAGUCAGAAAAAACUUGAGCUCAGUAACAUAAGAAAUGAAAUGAUCAAAUUUUACAUCGAAGCGCAUAAUAUGUGGCCUGACAUGAGAUUCAGCUACAAUUUGACAAUAGAAGACUGGACAUUUCUUCACACAGCAGUGGACCAAUCUGACGAAGAUCUAGUGGACUAUCUUCUGCAGAAAGGAGCAAAUCCUAAUAUUAACGUCAAAAUUUACGGAACUCCCCUUCAUCUUGCGAUAAAAAAAGGAAAUUUGGAGAUCAUACAACUGUUACUAAAAAACGGCGCAGAUAUGAAUUUACGGGGUGACAUAUGCGACAAUUUAACGGCGAUUGAAUAUGCGGUUCAGCUUGACAAUUUUGAAGCAUACGCAAUUUUGGCAAGUUCUGAGGCAAGUAAGAAGAAAUUAAUGGAGCUGGAGCCUUCGUUGAUGUGCAUUGCCCUGAAACACAACAGCAAAAAAUUUGUCGAGGCGUAUUUGAACGAAAAUGUGGACGUUAAUUAUCGGUCUAAGGAUUAUGGAUCGUAUCUUCACUGCGCAGUUCACGGCGGAAAUCCGGAAACAAUUGAACGGCUGCUGGAUUAUGGGGCAGAGAUAAAUUACUCGUGUAAUUAUAAUAAUGGUACGGGUUUGUGGGACUAUUGUGAUUUGACGGCAUUACAAAUCGGUGUUAUUUUUAAUAAAUCGGGGAUUGUUAAAUUAUUGACAAAGAGGCAUGCUAAUGUGAAUCUAAAGGCAGAUAAUGAUACUGCGGCUUUGGGAUUAGCUAUUUCGAUGACAUGCCAUGAUGACGUUAUUAAUGAUCUUCUGAACGCUGGGGCUGAUAUCGAUGACGUUGAUUUAUCUAAAUACGUAGGACGGGAUUCUAUUAAAAAGCUGAUUGAAAAACACGCUGUUAAAUUGGAUGUUGCUCAAUUAAGUGUCAGUGAAAAAUACGCUAAAGCUAUAGCGAGUGAUUUGACUUUUAGGAGUGAGUGUGCAAAGGAAAUUGAAAUUAUGAAGGACACUAGGGUUGAGGAAAGUAAUGUUAAAUUUUAUGAUGUGUUGAGGAAGAAUAUUCACCAAUUGGCUUUGUAUGCGAAAUAUGGCGUUGUUAAACUUGAAGUUCUUGAGCAACAGUCGGUUAAACAGUUUCCGCUGUAUGCUGGAAUUUUGUGCAGCAGGUUUUGGAAAGGUGUUGAGAGGAAAAAUUUAAUUGACGGAGUUGAAGAAUUUGUUUAUGAUGUUUGUUAUGUUCUGCCAAAUACUGUCGUGAGAAAUUUGUUUUAUUAUUUGGAGGAUGGAGAUUUGGAAAUUUUGAAAAAUAGUUUGUAAUUACAGUCAAUCAGUUUUGGUUUUGCAAAGACUGUUUUAAUUUCAUUUUUAAAUCAAAGUCGUUAAAGAGAUUAUUCAUAUAUAUAUUUUAUAUAAUUAUACUGCAU